CUAGGCAUGGUGGCGGAGAGGCUGCCGCCGGCGCUGCGCGCGAAGGUGCUCGGGUACCACCCGCGGGCGGAGGAGAUGCCGCGCGCGCUCUGCCGCACCCCGCAGGAGCUCUUUGACGAGUUUGUGACUGGCCGCGAGACCGCCGCGCUGCGCAGGCUGCCGCUCGUGGUCGCGCCGGCCGGCAGCUCUAGCAACGUCGCGCUGCUCAUCGAGCCGAGGCCCCACCACGCUCUCGAGCAUGUCAUCCGGAAUGCGAUGCUCUUCCUCAACGGUAGCGCCAACGGCGCCGGCGGCGGCGGAGCGGCGGCGGCCGGUCCUCCGGCGUGGCAGCUGCAGGUGUUCCACGGCACAACCAACUUGGAGCACCUCCGCUCCUCCUUCCGCGCCGAGGAGCUCGAGCACGUGCAGUUCGUCUCGCUGGAGGUGGACAACCUGACCAACGCGUCGCACAACGAGCUCAUGUGCACGCACUGGCUGUGGAGCCGCGCCGCCGCCGAGCGAGUCCUCAUCUUCCAGACCGACUCGCUCGUCUGCCGCCCGGGCGUCGACGAGUUCCAGUCGUGCGACUACAUCGGCGCGCCGUGGGCGAUCGACGAGGCGCUCGACGAGCUGUGGUGCGCGGGCAAGCCGUGGCUGACCGCCGUGGGCGGCAACGGCGGCUUCUCGCUCCGCUCCAAGUCCCGCACUCUCGCGUGCCUGGACGCGUGCGGCUACCUGCGCGGCCAGUGCGAGGACGUCUUUUACGUGGAGUCGAUGCCCAAGGUGGGAGGGCGCGUCGCGAGCCGCGGGGAGGGGAUGCGCUUUUCGGUCGAGUCUGUGUGGGCCGACGACCCGUUUGGCUUCCACGCCGCGUACAAGUGGCUCACAGCCGAGCAGAUGGCGGAGAUCCUCGACGCAAUCAGCCGCCGCUACGCGGAGGUGGCGGCGGCGGCGGCGGACGGAAACGAGAUGAUAGUAGGCAUCUUUAACGUUUAA